ACAUACUCAAUGCUUCAAGAAAAACUUCUCCUAGCACCACAGUUUCAGUUUCAACAUCCUCUAGACAACUUCAUUUUCAUGCCAGACUGCUGAAUUCACCUGGAAUCAGUUAUAAAGACAAGGGGUCUGGUUGCUGUUCUUCCAUGGAGUUCCCAUUUUAUCAUGGAAACAUAACAAAAAAAACCUGUGAAGAAUUACUAAGCAAGAAAGGCAAGGAUGGCAGCUUUUUAUUACGAGAGAGCGAGAGCAUGACAGGAGCCUUGUGUCUUUGUGUUUUCUUUGAACAGCUCAUCUACACUUAUCGAAUCUUCAGGGAACAUGAAGGUUACUUUAGGAUUCAGACUUCUGAAGAUGCUCCACAACGGGUCUUCAAAACAAUAAAUGAUUUGAUAUACGCAUAUGAAAAGCCAAAUCAAGGACUCAUCAUCAACCUUCGCUACCCAGUAAGGAGACUGAAGUCCCCAAGGAAAGCCAAGGUAGAGAUGGAUGAAGUUUAUGAUGAAAUUGAAGAUGGAGAUUAUGUUGAUGUCUUACCUUAAAUCAUCUGGGACCUGGUUUUUGUCAGAGGCCACCUCUUAUCCUGGCCCCCAUCUCAGCAGAUCAAAUGUAAAAAGCUUGCUUUCAGAACUUGUCCUUGCACAUGCCACAUCUGCUGACUGGGCAUUCUCAUCAGUGGACUUGUGCCUCUGAAAUUCACUCUCCUGGGCAGCGCAUCCAAGUAACAGACUUGUACUCUUUGGGACACAAUCCAAGUUAUAUUUAUUUUAUUCAUUAUUAGAAUAACUUAUUUUUAUUUUUAAUUUGUUAUUUUCCUUUUUGCUAACUGAAGUUCUAGCUGCCCCGGUCUGCAGCCUGUUAGAAAAUAGUAAGGUAAAUAUGUUAAUUGCAUAUGGGUAGAUCAAAUGGUAAUGGCAGAGCUGAAAUCUACUAUGAUACAAACUCUAUAGACUCCACAGAAUGUUAAAACCAUGUUUUGUUGUGUUUUCAUACUUUGUGCAAAAGACAUUAGUUUUGUCUCAUUUUCAGCUAACUGAAUGGUGUAUUCAAUCAGAAUCUUUACUGUCUUGAAGGAAUAAUAUCAUCCUGUAGCACUGAUACAAUCCAAGGCUGCUGACAAAAAAGCAUUGAAAGUAGCAGCAACUGAAAAUAGAGAAUAUACUAUACAGUGUAAAUAAAUGACCUGGACUGUUUUCAUAUCUAUAAAUGGUAGUGUUGAAGAUUUACUUUGGGACUGCAAGUUUUACACAGAUACUUUUAGGAACAGUUUAAUUUUUUUAUAUUUAAUAUUUGUUGCAUGCAUUUGACACAGCAAACAAAUGGCUCUGUGGUGUCUAUAUUUCUUUUUUCUAACAAGAGUUGGCUUUAAAGAAUUAAACCAGGGAUCUGCUUAUUGUAUAGUUUUGUUCUGAAGGUCACUGCUUGGGGAAGUGGUAUGUCUAAUGGUUACCUGCCAGAAAGAGAACUCAGGACUAUUGACUGGCAGAACUAAGAACGGAGAAUGGAUUGUUCUGUGACCUCUGGCAAGUCAUAUAACCUUGCUGUGUGCAUUCCACAUCUGUAAAAUGAAGAUACAGAAGCACGACAAAAAUUGUUUCUUUAAUGUUUGUAAAGGGCCUUGAGAUCUUCAGGUAACAUGCCAUAGAAUUGUGAAGUAUCACUCUCGGCUCAUUGUAAAUUUAAAGUGCUGGUGAUUCCACAUGUUGGAAUCAGAGGGUAUUUGUAGUGUUAUGAUGCAAAUAGGUGUUUAAAUUAAUCCGUAGACUUCCAGGUUGAUUAGUGUAGACGGCCAAAACAUUGAUUUGUUUGAGAAAGUAAGUGGUUGCCGAAGGGGAGAAAAAAACUGUUCCGUAUUGUAGGGAAAAUCUUACUUUAAAGAAAUAUAGGGAUUAAUGCUUUUAUAUUAGCAGAGCUCCAGCAGCCUGCUCCACAUUCUAUCAUCAGAUUGCUACAGCACUGAGGUAGCACAUCAGUGUACACACUCACUAUAGCAAAAGGAAGGAUUUUCCUAUCACUGUAGUUAAUCCACCUCCAGGAGAGGCAGUAGCUACGUUGGCAGAAGAAUUAUCCCAUCAACCUAACGCUGUCUACGCCAGGGAUUAGGUCAUCUUGUUGGCCAAAAGCCUAAUGGGAAGAAAUUGUUUCAAGUAAAAUUGUACUUUAUUUUGCUUAUUUUGCCUUAUACUUUAUUUUGCUAGCCUUAAAUUAGUAAAAAAAAAUUGUAGCCUCAAAUUAAAACCACAAGCCCAAAUUGUUCUGAGUUUAUUCUUUACUAAUUGUGUUAAUAACUGUUUUUAGAAGGAUAAAAAUUGUAUGGCUGUAAUUGCCUUAUUUACUGUUUGGUGUGAGCGAAGAAUAUAUGGUAAUUAACUAAGAAAGAACAGUCAGCUAGGCCAGAUGGUCAAGAAGGGAGUGGAGGAGUCGAGAGGCACCAACUUUUACCCAGAUGGCAAAUUAACAACCCUAAAGCAAAGGCAUACACCCCAAGAACAAGAUAAAGAGUGAAGCCAGAGGGACAAGAUAAGAAACAGCUGCGAAUAACUCCCAGUAACAACCCAAAUAAUGCUAAUUAAAGCAACCUUGAACAGGGCAUACACAGCAAGGUCCAAAGACUUGUAUGGGAACUUAUUACUAUAAAAAAAAGAGUGUAUUGCCAUGGGACUUUGGGUUCGUUCUGCAUCAACAUCAGAUCUUCGAACGUGUUCGUCAGAACACAGCGCCCCCUCCCUCGUGUGCAGUUUCAGCCGACCAUUGGAACUGACUGAGCAACACGAAGGACUGGUAACUAUAUAAUCUAGCUGCAGAACCUUUGGUGGGGGAGGUGUGUGUAAAUGGAAGCAUAUACUAAUUUUAAUGCUUUAACUGUACUCUCAAUAAAUGCGGCAUA